AUGAGUGGAGGUGUGUUCGCAAAAAAAAUAAAUAAAAUAGUGAUAGGCUCGUGUCGGUGCGGAGACUGAGCAGACACACGUCCGAGGAGAGAGACGGGGCCAGCGGCGGAAAGGGAGGACACACACAGCGUCGACUGUCGUCUCCCGGUUAACUCCCGGUGACUCUCUCCCUCCGAGGUGGGUCUCACCCGAAAACAUUCGUCAUCCUACAAUGGGCCGGGGGAGUUCGGAACGACUCGUGGAAUCCGCUCGCGGUCGUUCGGAGAGCCGAGGGUAGGACCGCGACCAACGCCGCGAAUCAAUGAGGGCUUCUCGUCCGCGUUUGUCCUGCGCUUCUCGGCCCCGGUGUCUGGCAGCCAGCCGCGCACAGUGCGCAAAGGCGCUCCGAGUCGAGGACAGUGGCCUCCGACGAGCCGUGUGAAUGUUGUGGUUCCUCCCUCGUCGAACAUCGUGGCGGUGAAUCGAUUCCUCCACAGUUCCGCCGCGCGGAUGGAGUGAGUUGUGCAAAAAAAAAAAAAAAGAAAAAAAAAAAGGGGGCCGCGGGGACAGACCACAGCUCGGUUGCGUGUGAUGGUAGGAGACACAAUGACGCUCUUGUCUCUUCUGGGUCGGAUCAUGCGCUAUUUUCUCCUCAGGCCGGAGACGUUGUUCCUGCUCUGCAUCAGCCUGGCGCUGUGGAGCUACUUCUUCCACACGGACGAGGUGAAGACCAUCGUCAAGUCCAGCCGGGACGCCGUGAAGAUGGUGAAGGGGAAAGUGGCGGAGAUGAUGCAGAACGACCGGCUGGGAGGCCUCAGCGUCCUGGACGCGGAGUUCUCCAAGACCUGGGAGUUCAAGAACAACAACGUGGCCGUGUACUCCAUCCAGGGGAGGAGAGACCACAUGGAGGACCGCUUCGAGGUGCUCACCGACAUCGCCAACAAGAGCCACCCGUCCAUCUUCGGGAUAUUUGACGGUCACGGCGGAGAGGCUGCAGCCGACUAUGUGAAGGCCCACCUGCCCGAGUCGCUGAGGCAGCAGCUGCAGGCCUUCGAGAGAGAGAAGAGGGAGAGCGCCCUGUCGUACAGCAGCAUCCUCGAGCAGCGCAUCCUGGCCGUGGAUCGUGAGAUACUCGACAAGCUCUCUGUCAACCACGACGAAGCAGGUACGACAUGUCUCGUAGCGCUGCUGUCAGACCGAGAGCUCACAGUGGCCAACGUCGGAGACUCUCGUGGUGUGUUGUGUGACAAAGACGGCAACGCCGUUGCACUGUCACAUGAUCACAAACCAUAUCAGCUCAAAGAACGCAAGAGGAUCAAGAGGGCUGGAGGUUUCAUCAGUUUUAACGGCUCCUGGAGAGUGCAGGGAAUCCUGGCAAUGUCCCGCUCCCUGGGAGACUACCCGCUGAAAAACCUCAACGUAGUCAUCCCCGAACCGGAUAUCAUGACCUUUGACCUCGACAAACUGCAGCCAGAGUUCAUGAUCCUGGCUUCCGACGGCCUGUGGGACGCCUUCAGCAACGAGGAGGCCGUUCGGUUUGUCCGCGAGCGCCUGGACGAGCCUCACUUCGGCGCCAAGAGCAUCGUUCUCCAGUCCUUCUACCGCGGCUGCCCCGACAACAUUACCGUAAUGGUGGUUAAAUUUAAAAGUGGAGCUGGGGGGAGCAGCAAGGCGGGGGACUAGGUCUCGCGUUUUAGAGCUCGAAUUAUGAUCAAUGCUUUCUGUGAUAUUAUUUUUCCCCCCCAUCUUCUGGGUGGAGCUGCAAUAUCACAGGAGGACUGAGGACUGAUAGUAGGAGAACUGGACUUUGGACAAGUGCACACAUACAUGCUUACACCUGUAAAGAUUAGGUCUUGUUUCCUUUCUAGGUUUCUGAUUGAGAUUAGGGCAUGUAAAUACAAUAUAGACCCAAUAACCAUCAGCCAACUUAAUGAUAAAUGCUUUCAAAAAUAGAAGUGCUCCAACAGAGGAGAUGCAUAAGCGCAGGACAAACAGACACUAAACCAGCACACUUAAAGACUGUGAGUGAUUUCCUGCUGUUCCACAUGGAGGCUUCUACAGAGGAGGCGUCAACUAGUGCCUAAGAGUUAGUGUGCAACUACGGGAGGCGGCUGAAAAUGCAUUUGCAAAAAACACACUGCUUGCUGCAUUUUGCUCUCACAUAAUAUAUGUAAUGUGCCACAAUGUUGACCUGGGGGGAAAAAAAAAGACUCCAGUGGAUGCAAACCUUAAUUUGAGAGGUGGCUGUUAAUCGUUUGUAGUUGCAUCCUUGAGCUGCGUUCAGCGUCACUUUCACGCUGGUUGCAAUGGCUUCUUAAAACCAGCAGUCGUCGCAGUUGAACAUUUAAAAAGCCUUAGAAAUAACUUUGGUAUUCCAUCUUAAAAUGUAAUGUACUCCAUUACUGUUUUAAGAUGGAAUAAGGUAUUAGAUUGUAUUGGGAAAAUGUAAUGAACCCUCCACAUGCUCGGUAUGUUUGUCCAUUUUUUUUUUUGCAAAGUAAGCACAACUUCUGUAAUAUUAGUAUUACAUCUGUUUGUGCGCAUCUGGAUAGUUGGUUGUCAUAAAUGUGGAUGUACGGUUCACAAUAAUUUGAUGAAAUGCUUCAUGACCAUCAUCAAUACUGUCACAGCCACCCAAGUCCUUGAAGGCUGAAACUGCAAAUUUUAAAUUUCAAUGUAUUUGAUUUUUAUUUACAACAGCCACCGUUCGAACCUGCAGGAGGCCAGUGGUAUGUAAAUGCAAGAUUUUUAGUUUAAUGCCACUCGUGCACACAAACACAGAGUUCAGAAGAAAUAAAAGCAAAUUAUUUUUUUUGAAUGGAGAAUUCUUAUUACAUAUCAGCCAAUGUAAAUACUGUACAUCCUCAGUAAUACAAGAGGGUUUUAAUGUAUAUAGAACCUUAUUUAGUUCCUGACCCUCACCUCUUGAUGAAGCAAUUUCAUGGAGAUAACGUGAGCUGUGAGUGAAGUUAUUCUACACCAUCUGUAUCGGGGCAUGUGCUUUGGCGCGUCCAUGCUCUUGAACAAAGUACAGUGUGUAUGCAUCCAUGGACACUGGUGGCUUACCUCUGACCUGGGGAGCACACGAAGCUGGAGACUUCCAUGCCUCUGCUGCCACGAGAAAGCAACUAAAAGACAACACAUUAUCGACUGUACAUGCAGCUGCAACUGGAAUGCUAGAGCUAGAAAUAUGAUAUGCUUUUGACGGAAUGAAGGCAGUGUAAUUUACAGCUACAUGAUGUCAAGGACAGUUACCAUGAACUAUGAUUGAUUUACUACUACGUUCGGUUUUUACUGCUGUAUACUAUGACCUUCACAUCACCUGAAGGAAGCUUUUUUAAAUUUUAUUUAACAGUUUAACUUAUGCCUUAUUUAUUGUCGUGUCCAAAUCAGCAUUCUGUAAAUGCAUUUUUUUUCUUUUGUCCUGUAUAUGAGCUGAUGUUGACAAUAAGACGGAUAACCGUCAUCACGUUACUUUGACAUGUGAUUUACACAGGUAGAAAGUGUAAAGUGUUAUGCCUUUCUGUAUGAAAAUGAUCAGUAUUAAACAAACUCUUCAACCUGAAA